GUGACACAACAGAGACGGGCUCGGCACUUGUUGCACCCUGGAACUGUUAUCAGCCCCACGGGUUCAUUUGUUUCCGUUUCUCCUCUGGUAGCCUGGCUCCUCUCUUUUUGGGUGGGGGCUCUGCCACGGAAGAUCCUCCCCAGCUGGAGAACUAGAAUGUUUUAGAAAGCUUCGGUGGGAGCUAUUGAGGAGGGAGGGAGCGAGAGAGCGAGAGUGAGAGAGCAUCCAGCUGUUGCUGAAGUGGCCACCUCUCAGGAUACGGGCAGUGACUCCUGCCUAUGACAACAUGACUGACUCGGCUUCUUCUAACGGGGACAGUAAGGACCCUGAAAUUGAGCUCUUCGUGAAGGCUGGAUCAGAUGGCGAAAGCAUUGGGAACUGCCCAUUCUCUCAGCGUCUCUUCAUGAUCCUGUGGUUGAAAGGGGUUGUGUUCAAUGUCACCACUGUGGACCUGAAAAGAAAGCCAGCUGACCUGCACAACCUAGCCCCUGGGACCCAUCCACCAUUUCUAACAUUCAAUGGGGAUGUUAAGACUGAUGUCAACAAGAUUGAAGAGUUCUUGGAGGAGACUUUGACCCCACAAAAGUACCCCAAACUGGCUGCUAAACACAGAGAAUCCAACACAGCUGGGAUUGACAUCUUCUCCAAGUUCUCUGCAUACAUUAAGAACACAAAGCAGCAAGCCAAUGCCAGUCUUGAAAGAGGCUUGACAAAGGCAUUGAAGAAACUGGAUGAUUACCUGAACAUACCCCUGCCUGAGGAAAUAGAUGCUGACACUUUUGGAGAUGAUGAAAAGAUAUCUAGGCGCAAAUUUCUGGAUGGUGAGGAGCUGACCCUUGCUGACUGCAAUCUGCUGCCCAAACUCCACGUAGUCAAGAUUGUAGCCAAGAAAUACCGCAACUAUGAGAUCCCUGCGGAGAUGACAGGUCUGUGGCGGUAUCUCAAGCAUGCCUACGCACGAGAUGAAUUCACCAACACCUGUGCAGCUGACAGUGAGAUUGAAAUGGCUUACGCUGAUGUGGCCAAGCGACUCAGCAAAUCUUGAACACUCCCUCAUCCCAUCUUGUCUCUGCUGCAAAAGAACUUAUUCUCCACCAAAGACUCCUGCUUCACAGACUCUUCUUCCCUAUUGUCUUGGGAUUUUAUUUUUUUUUCAUUACCAAGUCUUGCUGAUGUCACCACAACACCAGCAUUCUGUCUUUCAGAAAGAUCUGGAACUCAUCUGGUCUUACCAGUUGGGGAAAUUGAAGGGCAGAGGUGCAAAAUCCUAUCAGUUGAUCUCUUCAAGCACUGGUCUGAUCUUCGUUUAGCCCAAGUGCUUGAAGCCCUCUCACACUUGUGGUUGUUUAGCUGGCUAUCCUGCCAACAUCUCAAACCAUGUUCCUGAGUAGAUUAGGAACAUAUAACCAAAACUGGCUCCUCUUCUUCCCUUUUCAUUAAUCCCAGUGACUAAGGAUAUGAGACACUUUUUAAGUAGAUCUUGUCAGAGGCAGUAAUUUUGCCUCAAUGGAGAGGUAGAAAGUAUGUGCUGAGGAUGAGGGUGGGUGGGUGGUGAUUGUUGAAUUCUGGCAGAUCCACUUUCAGCCAGAACCUUUUAGCAACCCCCUUGCCAGUGAGUCCUACACAAAGAUAAAAUUGAAUACUCCUUAGUCACUGGUUCAGCAGGCUCAGCUGCUACUUUUGGUGCUGGUAAUGUUGUUAUAAUGCUGCCCAGCAGUAAUUAAUCUAAACUUUCAUUUGUUUCAGACUAUGGUGGGAAAGAGGGCGAACACAAUUUUCAACCAGUGUACUUGAAGGCCAAGGGAAAAGUUGGUGACCCAGAGGGAGGAGAGGGCAAAGGAGUGGAGCAAUGUUGAUGCCAAAAGGCCCACUGGGUCUGCCAGCCAGUGGGGAAUGCUUGAGCACUGAUAUUUGCUUGCCACUGGGUUGGGCAUAUUUAUCAAUGUAUAUGUUUUGAUCCAUGGGGAGAGGAGAAAAAUGAGUUCUCUGCAGGCCUUAAGUGCUGAAAUCUGCCAGGCAGGUAUUGUCUCUUCUUCUCUAGGUCUUGGGAUGGUGUAUUAUCUCAUCACCACCAGCCCUCCAGCCAGAGAACUAAGAAAUGGCCAAAAGAUUUUCCUCCACUUCCUGCUGGUAUUCCUUGUCUACUGACUUUCUCAGAUGAGUCCGUCCCGUUGCUUCUGGAUGUUUCAUUUAUGUUAGUAGCUGUCUUGACUGCAUGAGAAUUACCUUUGAUCUAUGGAUUGAGCAUUGAGCAUCUUAAGGACAAGAUUUUCAUGCUGAGGGAGCUAUGUGUUUUGAACUCAAGUUCAACAUGGUUUAUUUCACAUUGGGUGGAAUCUACCAACACAUCUGGGUCAUGUUUCCAAUCUUAAACAUUUUCUGCCAAUUACAAACAGAUGGCUGACCUUCAGAGGUAUAACUAAGUCAGGGUGACCAAAGCUUGGUCUGAGGAUGCCAAAAAUACCAUCUUAUAGUGCUCUUCCUUUUCCUCUCAUAUGAACUGCUCCUUUACUCAUCACAACCAUAGUGAUGGUGGCCUUGUUUUGGGAUGUGCUUCCCCCACCCCAUCCCCAGCGGUCACUUCCAAGGCUGUCUAUUCCACCUUCCUUUAACCUCCUUUGACUUGCUCCCUGCCUCUUCCUCUAUUUUUUCCUGCCAAAAAAUCCUUAUUAUGGUUCUAACCAACAUUUUGCCUCCUGGUUUUGCCUCUAUCACAUUUCAUUUAUAACAGAAGGAUCUGUGAAAAGGGAGCAUUAAGAAAUUAACUGACCACCAUCUGUGUCUCCCAAUUAAGUCAUUGUGAAGAACACUAUAUCAGGCAGGGACCAAACUCAACAAUCCUUCCCUAUUUAUUGCCUGCUGUUAGAGUUAUUGGGUUUAAGAGCACCUCAAAACCACUAAAUUUGAUUUAACAUUUCCCACAAUGGUCAAGACAGACAGGUAUUGGUCUCCCCAUAGGAACAGCACCAGAUUUCUGGCAACAGAGGGAAGAAUCACCUUUUCCCCUGGGAUUUUGGAAGGGUAAAUGACACCUUGACUAGAAGACAGAGAGGGGAAAGGAUAUACCUUAAUUCUCAAUAUUUUGCCUUUUGCCUAUAGGAGGAAAUGACUCAGUAAGACUUUUAUAAGCCCUGAGAGGUGGAGGGAAAGGAGGGUUGAAAAAUAUAGAAUGAACUGAUUCAGUUCUCUGUCUCAAAAAACCUUUCCACAGGCUCCAUGGAAACCCUGCUACUUGAGAUGUUUAAACAUGAGACCUGAUGAGGAAAUCAACCAUUUUUACUGCAGGAAAAUAUUCUGAAUUGGGCCCUGGGGGCUGAUGACCUGAAUGGUCCCAGAGGUCUUUUAAUUAGUGUGAAAUCCUGUCAUACUCAGAAAUGCUUCCUUGGCUGUACAGAACAAACUAGAUGACCUGGAAGAAACUUUACAUUUCUCAUUUCUGUGAGCUUCUACACCCUCACCCUUCUUUCCCUUAAAACACAUUCAAUAGUAUAUACAGGGACCUACUGUCAGCUCCAAGGUAGGGCUGCUUGAGUGAGAAUUUUAAAUGGAAUGCAAUAACUCUGAUGGAUUCCCCAAAGCCAACUGCGAGAGAAACUUUUAAAAAUGGCAUCCUUAGAGCCAGCUAUGAUCUUGAUGCCUGAGGGAAGGAACCCCAUGUAUAAUAACCAGAGUCAGUAACUGAGCAUUUAUAAUGUUGACAUAAAAGAUGACAUUUUAAAAUGAUACCCAACUGGGAUAAACAGUUUUUUGGUCUCCAGAAUAGGUAAUUAUAUAACAUAUUUGAUUAAUGUCCAUGUUUUAAUAAUGUUUUAAGACUGGAUUGAUUGGCACAGUUAAAACCCAGCAAGAUAUAUAGUGGAAGACCAGAGCUGAGAGUCAGAAGAUCUGGAUUUUCAAGUUGACUUGACUUCUAAGUCACUGUGUGAUCUUGGGCAAUUUAUUUCUCCUCUUGAAGCUUUACUUCCCCCACCCAUUAAAUGAAGACUUAGAUCAGAUGACCUUCAGUUUCUUUAACACAUUGACCUUCUAUAAUCACACCAACAAUAACAUUAGUGCCUGCCUAUAUUUUUGAAAAUGCUUGCAUUCUCCUCCAGGAAUUUGCUUGUAGAUCUGGUGAUUAUCAUAUAUACUAUCUGUUCAAUAUAAAAUCCUAGUGAGAGAUUGGACCAGUGUUCCUAUGAACUAAAUUUCUGGAAUGAAUUAGAGUUAUUAAGGAGAGGAAGGCAAAACAAAAAAGAGAAUUAGGUUUCUCAAGGAAAUAUUAAUAACUUAAAUGAUCCAUGAUAAGAGAAAUGUGAGCAUCCACAGCCAAAUUUGCAUUGACCCACUGAAAUUUCCUGAUGAAUGUCUCUGUGAGACAACUUUUCUACCCUCUGUAGGUAAUGCCCCUUCUUAAGGAGAGUAAAUCCGAGAUCUUGCUUCUUGGAUAGAUACAACAUUAAUCCUAUGAUGGUAAUAGAACUUAGAAACAGUUUCCCAAAGGUUCAUUUCUUCAUUUAUUGUUUGACAUUGCUACUUUUCAUCAUUAUUUUAAAUACUUAUUUGAAAAGUUAUCCUCUGUUCCCUCUGAAGUGAUUUUUUUUUCUGAUGGUAAGAGAACUGGUUUCUAAAUUAUGUGACCUUUAGAACUAUUCUUUGUUCAAGGGAGAAAAUGUCAGACCAACCUUCAACCUAUUUGGCUCCUGAGUUCACAUCCAAUAACUACAUACUGGUACUAUGUUAAUAUAUGAAAGAAAUAAAAAUGUGAUGUUUCCCCUAUCCCUUCCAGAACUGUUCCAAUUGAAUCUCACAUUCUAUCAGAGAACUGUUAUAUGUAAGCUAAUCCUAGAUAUGGUUAAAGAAAACAGAAGCCAUCUUCAUGGAGAAACACUCCUAAAUGAAUAUGGGGUUUAUUUUUUUUAACAGCCCUGUUGGUGAAGCCUAGUCUCAAGGAGACAAGAACCUAAGAUCUGGUUGUAAGCAAGUUCUCUUUGUACAUAGUCUAUGCAGGUAUUUAAAAUAGGAGCUGUCCAAAAGAGAUGUUUGAAUAUCCCUUUCUUUCCCUCUGCCUCUCUGACAGACUUUCCUAAAUCUAUAGAUUGGGGUAAUAUAUCUUUUUUUUUUUCACAAGAAGGAGCAUUUUGUUUGCAGACACACUCCAAGAGAAAGUCACCCGAUUCUCACUAGACCUUUAACUGUGGUGAUAAAAUAACAGGACUUUCUGUGAAGCCUCAAUAAAUGUAAAAUGCUUUUUAAAUGAAGAAAAAGGAAACACAAGGGUUUUUGUCUCCUCAUGGAUCUGAACCAUUUGUAAAAUUAUUUCCCAGUUCUGAUUGGUACUUGAU